CGUGCCGCUGAGGACGGGCCAAUCAGACAGGGGGCUAGUAACCGCUGCCGGCAACCAACUUUAACCAAUCACUGGACGACUCUGGGUUGAAUGACAGGGGGCGAGGGGGCGGGCCGGAGGGAGAUUGCCAAGCCCAGGCGGGUUGGGCACCCGGUUUCCCGCGGUUCAAAAUUACUGCUGUCCGUGUGGGUGUGGGAGGAGUGUUUCUUAAAGCGCCAGCCUCCCUGCGUCCUUUUGUUCCGCGACCGCAGGGCGGGGUGGGUUCAACUUUCACCGUCUUCUCGUCUGUCCUCUGAACGGCCAUGAUUUCCCAGUUCUUCAUUCUGUCCUCCAAGGGGGACCCGCUCAUCUACAAAGACUUUCGCGGAGACAGUGGUGGUCGUGAUGUGGCCGAGCUCUUUUACCGGAAGCUGACGGGGCUGCCUGGAGGCGAGUCUCCGGUUGUCAUGUAUCAUGAUGACCGUCAUUUCAUUCACAUCAGACACAGUGGUCUCUAUUUGGUGGCCACAACCUCAGAAAACGUCUCUCCUUUCAGCCUCCUGGAGCUGCUUUCCCGGUUAGCCACUCUCUUGGGUGACUACUGUGGCUCACUCAGUGAGGGAACCAUCUCACGGAAUGUGGCUCUUGUUUACGAACUCCUGGAUGAAGUGCUGGAUUACGGCUAUGUGCAGACUACGUCCACGGAAAUGCUCCGGAACUUCAUCCAAACAGAAGCUGUGGUCAGCAAGCCCUUCAGCCUCUUUGACCUCAGCAGCGUUGGAUUGUUCGGAGCAGAGACACAGCAGAACAGAGUGGCCCCAAGCAGUGCAGCCAGUCGACCGGUCUUGUCCAGUCGCUCUGACCAGAGCCAAAAGAAUGAAGUGUUUUUAGAUGUGGUCGAGAGGCUGUCUGUACUGAUUGCAUCUAAUGGUUCACUGUUGAAGGUGGAUGUCCAAGGAGAGAUACGGCUCAAGAGCUUCCUUCCUAGCGGUUCUGAGAUGUACAUAGGCUUGACAGAAGAAUUUUGUGUGGGAAAGUCAGAACUGAGAGGAUAUGGGCCAGGCAUCCGAGUUGAUGAGGUGUCGUUCCAUAGCUCUGUCAAUCUGGAUGAGUUUGAGUCUCAUCGGAUCCUCCGCCUGCAGCCACCUCAGGGCGAGCUGACUGUGAUGCGAUACCAACUGUCUGAUGACCUCCCCUCACCGCUCCCCUUCCGGCUCUUCCCCUCUGUACAGUGGGACCGAGGUUCAGGCCGGCUCCAGAUUUACCUGAAGUUACGGUGUGACCUGCCACCAAAGAGCCAAGCUCUCAACAUUCAUCUGCACCUUCCCCUGCCUCGAGGGGUAGUCAGCCUGUCUCAGGAAUUGAGCAGCCCUGAUCAGAAGGCAGAGCUGGUAGAAGGAGCCCUCCACUGGGACCUGCCCCGAGUACAAGGAGGCUCUCAACUCUCAGGCCUUUUCCAGAUGGAUGUCCCUGGCUCACAGGGGCCUCCCAGCCAUGGGCCCUCCCCAUCAGCGCCUCCCUUGGGGCUGGGUCCUGCCAGCCUCUCCUUUGAACUCCCUCGGCAUACAUGCUCUGGCCUCCAGGUUCGCUUCCUUAGGCUGUCCUUUAGCGCCUGUGGUAGUGCCAACCCUCACAAGUGGGUGCGACAUCUGAGCCACAGCAACGCCUACGUAAUUCGGAUUUGAAACUUCCCAAACAAGGAUAUAGACAGCAAAGUCAGCAGGCAGUUGAACGGGAAGAGGACAUUUUCUUUCUUGUGUCUUUGGAUCUGGACAGGAAGAGUCCCAAGACCAGGAAGGUUCCACGGACUCAUCCUUUCUGCUGUAUGUGACGCAGGGAAGCUCACAAACUUACAAAUCCAACUUUUAUUCUGAGGAACUUACUGUACAGUAUCUAAAAAGAAAGUCACUGGGG